UCUUUAGAUUUCACACACACACUUGCUGCGUGUUUCUGCUUUACCUACGUCCAUGGCGGUUCUUGGUCGCCUGCUCAGACCCAGAACCACGACUUUCUACACAAUUCGAACUUUUUGCUCAUCCUAUUCUACAUCAUCGCCUCCUUCGUCUUCGGAAAUUGGCGUCAUAGAGCCCUUGCCGGCGUUCGGUAAGAUCACCGAUGGAAGGAAUGUGCAGUGGGUGUUUCUCGGCUGCCCUGGCGUCGGAAAGGGCACCUACGCCAGCCGCCUAUCCAAACUCCUAUGUGUUCCUCAUAUUGCCACCGGUGAUCUCGUUCGCGACGAGCUCUCCUCAGAAGGUCCCCUCUCUUCUCAGCUUGCGGAGAUAGUUAACCAAGGAAAGCUGGUUUCAGACGAGAUUAUAAUUAAUUUAUUGUCCCAGCGUCUUGAAGCCGGCGAAGCCAAAGGCGAAUCAGGUUUCAUUCUUGAUGGGUUCCCUCGGACUAUAAGACAAGCGGAAAUACUUGAGGGUGUAACAAACAUCGACCUAGUGAUUAAUCUGAAGCUCCGAGAAGAGGCAUUGCUUGCAAAAUGCCUCGGGAGAAGGACUUGCAGCCAAUGUGGUGGGAACUACAAUGUUGCUUGCAUUGACAUUAAGGCUGAUGAUGGAAACCCUGCAAUGUACAUGCCUCCCCUUCUUCCACCUGCAAAUUGUGCAUCAAAACUUAUUACGCGGUCUGAUGACACUGAAGAAGUUGUGAAAGAACGUCUCCGUGUAUACAAUGAGAAGAGCCGUCCGGUUGAAGAGUUCUAUCGCAGGCGAGGAAAGCUGUUGGAGUUUGAUCUUCCGGGAGGAAUCCCAGAAUCAUGGACAAAACUGCUUCAACUUCUAAAUCUUGACGAUCAUGAAGAUACAAGAUCUGCAGCAGCAUGAUUUUGGUGAUGGGGGGUAAGUUGAACAUUUAUUCUUUACAUUGUGAAAUGCAUAAUGAAGAGAUAUAUUCUUUAUACAAUAAGCCUAAGACAUAUAUAUAUUUACUACCAGACUCUGCCCAUUUGGGCUGUAAAGAUGUCUGGAAAUGGUUAGUUAGUAGUCGUAGUCGUAGUAGUAAGGUUGGUGUAAAAAUGUUGAUAAUUAUUCCAUAUGGUUUAGUAACCUUUGUAUUC